AUGGCUGUAAGUAGGCCCCAAUUCAAAGGUCUUCUGCUGGACAUGGAUGGCACACUUGUUGAUACGGAUCACUUACACUUUGCAAUCUUCCAAGAAAUGUGUAUAGAGUAUGGCUUUACGGAGUGUUGUCCGCUAACCCGGCCGUUCUUCAAUACUCACAUCUGCGGACGCAACAAUGCGCAGAUCAUGGAAAGGCUCUUCCCAGAAUGGAGUUUAGAGCAGAGAAAAGCGUUCACGGUAGUGAAGGAGAAACGGUUAAUGGUUCUAGUGAAUAAACCAGACGCUCUCCAUCCUAUCAAGGGGGAUAGUGCGUUGCCUAUCAUCGAGGCUAUAGGAUUCACUGCUUGGUUGAGUGGGCCCGAGGGCCUCAUCAGCGGAUACGAAUGUAAGCGCGCCAAACCGUUCCCCGAUCCAUAUUUGGAAGGUGCUAGGAAACUAGGUUUACCUCCUAGCGAGUGCAUGGCCAUAGAAGACUCGUUGGGGGGGCUGCAAGCGGCCUGUUCGGCUGGAGUGGGAUUGGUGGUGGGCAUCACAACGACCUUUGGGGAAGAGCAGCUCAUUGCGGCUGGUGCACAUAUUGUCAUUGCAGACUACACGGACGAGCGCCUUUACACAAAGCCUCUGGAUCAACGAAAGUUGCAGCGGGAAAUCUGGAUCCGUAAGCAGCCUGCGACAAGAUUUGGGCUGUGUAUUUGUCGACUGGAGGGUGAGAUGUAUGUCACAGAUGUACGCGAAAAUAGUAUAGCGUGGAAUGCCGGGAUUAAUAUUAGUGAUCGCAUAGUCUCUAUCGAUGACAUUCAGCUGACUCCCCAUCAUUUUGAUGCCCAGACUGUCCUUGAUUUACUUUAUCAGGCAGGUCCGAGUUUAGUCCUUCGAGUCGUAGACCAGCCCAGAUUCUGCCGUGUUGAGAUGAAAAAGAGUACGCCUAACUCUGCUUUGGGGCUUGUGUACUUACCUGGAGCGACGAAUGAACACCCAGGUAGAGUGACGAGUGCCUAUUUGGGCUGCGCUGCUGAGCAGAUCGCCAAUGCUAAUCUAUCGAUAGUAAGUGUUGACGGUGAAGACACGAUCUCAAUGCCAGAUAGAGAUAUGAUGGAGAAAAGAGGAACAUGGGGAAAAGCCGGAACUCCGUGCGAGGAAAUGCUACGUAGAUCGCAACCAUCAAUCAAUGCUAACCAUGUGGAGAACUAAACAAAUCGGCAUAGGCCGAACUGAUUCUAUUUGUCUUGUCUGCUGGCUAGAAUUGCUGAAAAUGACACAGCCUCCCC